AUGCCUACCUGGGACACUCGUUUGAGCGGAAACCUUUUGGUGUAUCGCGACGGAUGUCUCGAGGGCGACGUCGGAUGGACUGCCAGCAGCACAGUCGGAGAGGUGAUUGAGUCGGCCGGGGCCACUUGCAGCUCCGGUGGCGCCGACAGGUUCGAGGGCUGGGUCGUGGGGCGAAUGGAGCUCCAUCUGUCAAGUUGCGGAGUUCGUCGCUCGUUUGAGGCGACUCUGGAGGACACUGCUCGCGAUCACAUGGAUGUGGCAUUUCGGCUUGUUCUCAGAGGGCUGGACCUUCUUCGCGCUGUGCCGAUCCUCAGAGUGCUGUGCGUCCUCUUCGCUGGUUUGGUGCUGCUUGACAUCGCUUCGCCUGGAGCCGAGAGAGUGAUGGCCUCCUUGCAGGAGGCGCAGGCCCAGCUGCGCGAGGCGGCGCAGAACCUCGUGCUCUCGUCAUUGGAUGAAUAUGGCCGGCUGGGCUGCAAGAUGGUGUCAGAUCAGGGGCAGCCCCAGCGGAAUUUCGAUUCUUGCGACGCCUUCGUCAAGGCCGCCUACCGCAAGAUGGUGCUGCUGGUCCAUCCCGAUAAAAACCAGGGCAGUGAGAAGUCGCAUCUUGCGACGAAGGCCCUGCAGGCCAUCUGGGAGAAGCGGCUAAGUCUGAGCCAGUACGGCGGACCUUCGAACUUCACCGGACCUGCCGGUGCCCAUGCUUCCGGCUCUGCUGAAGCCCCUGCUGGCUCGACCGAGGGCAAUGCUGGGAGUGCCGGUGCCCAUGCUUCCGGCUCUGCUGAAGCCCCUGCUGGCUCGACCGAGGGCGAUGCUGGGAGUGCCGGUGCCCAUGCUUCCGGCUCUGCUGAAGCCCCUGCUGGCUCGACCGAGGGCGAUGCUGGGAGUGCGGCCGGCUCUGCUGAAGCCCCUGCUGGCUCGACCGAGGCUUCUUCCGGGUCCCCUUCGGAGGAUGACUUUCACGAGGGCGACGAGGGCGAGCCCACGCACUUUCCGCCCAAGCAGACUCAGCCCAGCUCUCUCAGGACCCGCUGGGAACCCGUCAAUGUGCAGUCGCUGGAUGAAGCCCUCGGCAAAGACGCCGUGAGACGCUUCACCGAAUUCAGCUUGUACGAGGUGCUCUGGUCAAUCAGGACCCGAGUCCGAUCCAUCCGUGGCAGGAUCGGCUGGGUCUUCGUGACGGAGCAGGAUGGCGAUGCGCCGCCGGGCAUGAGGGCUCGACAAUACAGCGGCGUGGUUCUGCCCCCUUUGGUCAAAGAGACCGCGGCGUCCAGAAAGAGGAAGGCUGGUGCGAAAGAGGCGGGCCCAAACGAGGCCCGGAACGAGCUCAUCGCAAGCCUGCCGCAGCAGUUGCGCCAGGAGUUGCAGCAGGGCGUUCCCGACUGCCUCGUCGGCAAGAGCUGCUUCGCUUUUCCCAAGCUUGUGCGCUACAUAGCACGCAAGGACCUGGACGUCGUGGAGGUUGACGCGGUCAAUGCGUACUUUCAGCACCUGGCUCGCGGCUUUCCCGCCUCGACUCCACUCCAGAACUACGUGGCACAUCGCGACGAGGUGCUCGGGAGGAUCUGCCAGGCUUUUGGAGUUGAUCGCGACCAAGCCAAGCGCCUCGUGAUCGCUCUGGGGUUCGGCGGCUCGCUGAGCAAUUGGUGCUCCGAGACCAUCGGCUACAUCCCGGAGGACGAUGACCCCCAGGUCGGCGAGUGCUUCAGGGAGAUGCAGGAUUUCGAGGCGGCGAUGAGGGAGAUCCAUCGCCAGGUCGUCGGAGCCAUGACGCCGGCUCAGAAGGAGCAUCUCCGCGGGCGCUCUUGGGGUGGGGCGUGCUUCUUCGACUACCAGAACGCAGAGCGAGCGCUGCUGGACGUGAUGAUGGCCUCUGCAGGGAAGGAUUUGGUGUCCGGCGAGCACGACGGUGUGUGUGUCAUGCGACAGGCCGCACAGCGUGUCCAGGAGGCCGCCCAGGCCGUGAGUUGGGAGGUGGCGACCAAGCCGCUGCCGUCGCCUUGGGAGUUCGCUGCCCGGGAAUACCCGAUGUUCGACUGGGACGUGACGGCCCGCAUGCCGUUCCGGAAGUUCCACGAGCUGCGCGGCAGGGUCAUCAACCAUGCCGUGCAGGGCGAAUCGGAGGUGCGAGCCAACACCGCGGACGCCGUCCGCUACGUGGCCGAGGUCCUGCGCGAGACCGUCAACGUGCCGAACAAGCCGGACGAGCGAACCAGCUCAUACGAGUUCUUCACGAGCCAGGGGUUUUGGGUGGAACGACACAUCGACUGCUUGCAGAAGCAGAUACAGGAGGUGCUUCGUCAAAUCGGCCGCCACCCUCUUGCUCGGGAGGAGACCCGGCCGCUGAAGCCUUUCAAUCGCGUGGACUUCUCCCACAGCCUGGGGUCCGCCGUUUUGGCUCAGCUGGCGGAGCGCACGAUGCCCUCCCUGGACGGCGCGCGCAUCAACGGCCUCCUCCUGUGCAGCGACGGCUACAUCCUGGACUUCAACGAGGGGGCCGCCCAGAAGUGUCGGCGAGCCAGGCCUUCGGAUCGCCUGGGAUUCAUUGCCAAGGCCCUCUCCAAGAUCUGGCAGCCCAAGAACCCCAGCGGGCUUGGCCGGCUUGUGCGAGAUUUCCUGGAAACCAAGGCCAAGACCCUGGAGGAGAACGAGGCCGGGCAGAAAGUCAUCGAAGAGUUCGAGCGGCUCUUGCAUGAGGAGAAGUGCGAAGUCCUCUCCGUCCUGAAGAACUACGCGAUCCUGCGGGAGAAAGUGGACGGCGUCAUGACGGAGACGAUCGACUGGAACUGGGUCCUUUGGGUGCUGCGUUUCAUCUCUCGCGGCAUCCUGGGCGAGGAGCACCUGUGCGAGUUGCUGUACCUUUGGGGGGGCGGCAGCUCCGGCAAGGACGUCCUCAACCUCCUGAUCUUCGCCGUGCUGGGCUUGGGGGCCGAGAACCUGGGGGUCAUGCUGCCCGGGCGCUACCUGGUCGCCGGCGGCCACCCGGCCAACGAGAACGCCAGCCCGCUGCUGGCGCGCAUGGAGCGCAAGAGGGCCGUGUGGGUGAGCGAAGUUCCGCACCACACCCACUUGAAUGAAGAUUUCGUCAAGCCCUUCUGCGAGCAGGGCGGCGCUCCGGUUCCAGCUCGCCGACUCAACAAGGCGCCGCGCGACUUCAUCCCUACAUCCGUGCUCCUGGCUACCUCCAAUCAUCCGGCGCAAGUGGAGCGGAAGUCCAUGACGGAGGAUAAUGGGUGGGACAGGCGCCUGCGGCUCCUGGAGACGAAAGUCAAGUUCACGGCCAAGAAGGAGGACCUGGAGUGCAACGAGAUGAAAGCCGACGACAACCUCAAGGCCCGCGUGAACCUCGGUCACUACAACGCCUCCCUGCUGUUCCUCGUAGGCGAGCUCUACCCGACCUUGAAGCCCCGCUACAACGAAGGCACGGAGUUGGUCCCGAAACCCGCGUGCAUGGAGGAAGCUGAGAAGGAGUUCGCGUCCAAGCAGUCGGGCAACCAGUUCAAGCAGUUCGUCAAGGACCGCUGCGUGCGGGUGGAGCAGAAGAUCGAGGCCUCCAAGUACACGGACUUCUGCAAGGAGCUGAAGCUCUACCUGGGCGAUUUCAUGCAAAUGGUCGAGGUCAGGAAGCUUGCCGGUGACAACGGCUUCGUGUCCUGCUCGAACGGCUCCGAGCGGGUGGUCAUCAAUACCGACGGCCCCUGGCGGCUCAAGACGCAGGAGGAGCUCAAGGCGGAGCUGGAGGCCCAGCAGGCGAGGAGGGCCGCCGAGACUUUCUUCGCCCCCCAGCCGUAG